ACCAUUUGAGUCUGUCCUCAUUAGGCAAGCGUGUCCAACUUCUCUCCCCGCCCUCCCCCAUCACUCUUCAGAGCACCAGUCCCGCUUUUCACUCUCAACGCUCUCUCUCUCUCUCUGAUGGCUCCUCCACGAAUACUACUAUGUGGCGAUGUUUUAGGCCGUCUCAACCAGCUCUUCAAGCGAGUCAACUCAGUGAACAAAUCAGCGGGUCCUUUCGAUUCUCUUUUUUGCGUGGGCCAGUUCUUUCCGGACGAAACGGACCGGCUCGAAGAAUUAAUGGAUUAUGUCGAAGGCCGGGCCCAAAUUCCGCUCCCAACUUACUUUAUCGGCGAUUACGGCGCCGGUGCGGCCAAGGUUUUGUCGGCCGCUUCGAAGAACUCUGCCAAUCAAGGAUUUAAAAUGGACGGUUUCAAGAUUUGCGACAAUUUGUUUUGGUUAAAAGGCAGCGGCAAGUUCACUCUCCAUGGUUUGUCUGUUGCUUACUUAUCUGGUAGGCAGUUGUCUAGUGGUCAACAGUUUGGAUCAUAUAGUGAAGAUGACAUUGACGCGUUGCGAGCAUUCGCAGAGGAACCUGGAAUAGUUGACUUGUUUUUAAGUAAUGAAUGGCCAAGUGGUGUCACAAAUAGAGCUACUGCAUCAGAUAUUCCUGCAGGAAUGUCGAAUUCUUCUGGUAGUGAUUCCACUGUAUCCCAAUUAGUCGCAGAGAUCAAACCACGCUAUCACAUUGCAGGUACUAAGGGUGCAUUUUAUGCUCGCGAACCUUAUUCUAAUGUUGAUGCUGUGCAUGUAACUCGGUUCUUGGGUCUUGCUUCCGUUGGGAAUAAAGAGAAGCAGAAAUUUCUUCACGCACUUUCUCCAACUCCAUCAUCUGCUAUGUCAGCUGCUGAGAUCAGCGCAAAGCCACCAAAUACUACCUUAUCACCAUACACAUUAGCAGACCAAGUAGAUCGUCCUAAAGAAGCCACAAUGAGGGCUGGUGAUAAUGCUCCUGAUUCACAAUAUUGGAGAUAUGAUGUCUCGAACAAACGGCAAAAGCAUGGAAAUGGAGAUGGUAAUAAGGUGUGUUUUAAAUUUAUAUCUUCUGGGAGCUGUCCACGGGGAGAAAAGUGCAACUUUCAACAUGACGUAGAUGCAAGGGAGCAAUUUUUGAGAGGUGUUUGCCUUGAUUUUAUAAUAAAAGGAAAAUGUGAAAAAGGUCCAGAUUGCAACUUUAAGCACAGUUUACAGGAUGAAGGUGAGAGUUACUCUCGUAAGAGACCUGGAUCUGGCAAUAAUAGUGCUAACAGGUUGAAAGAGUGCUGGUUUUGUUUGUCUAGCCCAAAUGUGGAGAUACAUCUGGUGACUAGCAUAGGAGAGAAUUUCUAUUGUGCACUAGCAAAAGGCCCACUUGUCCAAGAUCAUGUCCUGUUAAUUCCAGUUGAGCAUUUGCCAAAUACACUUUGUUUAUCAGCAGAUAGUGAGAUUGAGCUGGGAAAAUUCCAGAACAGUCUCAAGAUGUAUUAUAAAAACCAGGGAAAGGAAGCUGUGUUCUUUGAGUGGAUAUCAAAACGUGGCACUCAUGCCAACCUUCAGGCUGUUCCUGUUCCAUCAUCCAAAGCAGCUGCUCUUAAAGACAUUUUUAAUUUGGCAGCUGAAAAGUUGGGUUUUGAAUUUGUUACCAAAAAAUUCAACAAUAAUUCUGAGGGGAGAAAAUGGUUGAAGACACAGUUUGAUAAGAAUUUUAGCUGCUUCUAUGUGGAACUCCCUGAAGGUUCAAUCCUAUCACAUUUGGUUGAGGAGAAUGAAAAGUUUCCUGCCCAAUUUGGACGUGAGGUUCUGGCAGGCCUACUGAACAUGGCAGAUAGAGCUGAUUGGAGGAAUUGUACACUUGGGAAAGAAGAGGAAACAAAGCUGGCAGAGAAUUUCAAAAAACUGUUUGAUGUAUUUGAUCCGAGUCAAAGACUUUUAAAAAGGAUGUGAUGAUCCAACAGAAGAAUCACAGAUAUCAGUGAACAGGAGCUCCAAUCAGUAGCCUUGUGCUCAUAACAAAGUGUGUCGAAGGGUGUUCUUAAUCAGUUUGGAAGGAUGUUGAAUCCCUAGCAGCAAUGCGAUCAGGACAUCUUACAUUCCCUCUUGGAACCUUUGAUACCGACUAUGCCCAUGUUUGGUUGGCAUGGCCGUCUUAUAUUCCUGAGAAUGUAAGUUGCCACAUGAGAAGAUAUGAAACCCUUCCCCCCUUUGGUUAGGGUUUUUUCCAGGAAUUCAAAAUUUUUUACCAUUGUACCUUGAGUUUUGUUUCAGUCCGAAUUACCCUUCAAUGUAAGGUGAAAUUUUAACUAAACUAGCUUCCAUUAUACUAGUCCCUGCACAAUGCCUCCUAAUUGUAUAAUAUUUUAAAGAACUGGUGAAAUCCUUUAAUCAAGAGCUGCGUAGCCUUCACAGUCAGAACACUCCUA